AUGACUACUACGUCUGCUAGCAGACCCAUAAAUUCGUCAGAGGCUACUUUCUCUUACGCUGCCGCUGCGUCAGGAAAAAAUUCUGCUAGCCCAGCUCCCGCAAACAAGCCACAGACUGCUGGAUUGUCCAAACCUACAGUCCCCUCAUCAAACGUUGCUGGAACUUCAGUGUCUUCGACUUCAUCGACAGCACAAAACAUGAACGGCAGUACACCAGCCACUGGGACCUCCACCCCGCAGUCGACAUCUAUUACUGAUUCACAUCUCAAAACGAAUGGCGAUGCGAUCGCUCAGUCUUCGUCUGCUGUGUCAUCUCCAAAUUUGGGAGUAGGGUCGGCCCCUACGUUACCAAAAGAAGACGAAUCAGCCUCAUCCAUGUCGGAGGACAAAGGAAGCUCCUGGGAGAAGCAAUCCCAAACGUCAAGCCAUACAGAAAAUAAGCCUUCCAGUGCUGGUAGUAGAACACCUGAUAUUUCCAAAGUCACUGACUUGGUUCCUGCUGCUCUCCCAGCAGUGAAUCCAUGGAAGGUAAGAUCUGAAAUCUUAACUGCCAAGAAGCCCAGUCCCACUGUAGCCGCAGUCGCAACUGCAACAUCUGCCAAGACUCCUGCAAGCCCAAGCAACGCCAUCGUUGCUAAGGAUAAUGUGGAUAAGUCGGUGGAACAGAGGCAGGAUAAGAGGAAAAAGCCGUUUGGUGAGGGCUCAGAUGUUGCAGAGAAAGAAAGAUCUAAGGAGGGGUCUAGUGGGGUUAAAGAUGUUCCGGCCAGGGAGUUUAGGAAGAAGAGCACUGAUGCCGGAAGGGCCAAUGGCUUUGCGAGCAAGGAGGAUGGCCCAGCUAUUCGAAAAACACCGAAGAGGUACCCGCCGCCAGAAAAAGAAGCGACUGCUCCAGUUCUUCCACCGCCUGUCACGGAUACCGAGUCUUGGCCAACACCAGAGAUUGCACAAGACGAGGUCGAGAAGGCUAAAAGAGACAAAGAUGAGAAGGAUAAACCCGCAUCGUCCGUACUCCGGCCCGGUAGGGGUAGCACAUGGGUUCCUGUUGCAAUAACCAUACCGCAUGUUCCACCAUUCGCCAAACAGCCAGGACGGGGAGGGAAGGGCGCUCGUGGUGGUCGUGAUGGUAGCAGCAGAGGGGGGCUAAGUACAGUGCCAUCAUCAUCCUCGCCCAACGGCGAUAAGCAUACUGGUAGCACAUUUGGGGCUGGGGUAGCAGUGGAGGGCGAUCGCGGCCGUCAAGGUUCUAAUUCUGGCGCAUCUCGAGGGGCUUACCAGGGAAGGCCAGGUAAGCGUGCUACCAGUGCUGGUGGCACUACACAGCGUCGUGAGUCAAAAGGCUCUUUGCCCGUCCCAUCUCCCGAGAAGAGGAAGGACUCGGCGGUGUCUCCAGAGGUCGGUGAACCGACUGCGGAAUCGAACCAAUCCUCGAAGACAGCAUCUGCCGGCACCCAAACUCACGACAGAGCGCGUCAAGGUUCGAGGUCGGAUGAUCCCAACUUUGUCCCACAAGGUGAUGGUCGACAUUCCUCCGAGGGCCAAGACAGGACUCAUCACAAUGCCAAUGGACAUUACCAUCCUAGGGAACGUGUGUACAAUAACCAGAGCUUCAAUAGCAACCGCCCUGAGCACCACGGGGGCGAUAAUGCUUCGUCACAUGGCCCAGGAGAACGUGGUUUUGGAGGAGGCCGUGGCCGCGGCCAUAGAGGACGGGGGAAUUUCUAUAACCAACAACAUAUAAACGGACACAAUGCUCAAAAUUCGCAGUCUUCACAGCGCCCAUUUAGAGGAUCAAGGUCGCACCAGGGCCCCAACAAUGGGAACUACAGUAAUAGAUAUCCAAACCCGAAUAUGCAACCACCCCCGCAAAUCUAUAUGCCGUCCUAUCCUCUCCCAUACGAUUUUAGCAUGAUAUCCCCAACCGGCAUCCCACCCCCGAUUGAAUACGCCGGAAUCAGUGAGAUUAUUGCUCAGAUCGAGUAUUAUUUUUCAGUUGACAACCUUUGCAAGGAUGUGUGGCUGCGAGAACGUAUGGACAGUGAUGGCUUUGUCAAGCUUUCUCUCGUUGCAGGGUUCCCUCGCAUCAGAAAUUUGACCACAGACAUGAACAUCUUAAGAGAGGCCUGUUUGAGAUCCCACGAGAUACAGAUUGCCCAUGGUGUUGAUGAGUUUCACGUAAGAAAAGCCGUUGGGUGGGAAACAUGGAUCCUGAGCGAAAAAGAGCGUGAUCCUUCGGCUCAAUGUGACCAGAGCAGCUGGCAAAUUGAUCCAAGACAACGCAGCCAGCAAAAUAGUAAUUCCGGCUCACCCCUCGAGAUGUCUGGCUCCGCUGCACCUUUCAUGCCCGGUCCUAUCAGAGGUCAGGGCCAGAACGCCAUUACACCUGGUGCUCCACCCUUCGUUCCUUCAGGCAUAUUCCCCCCGGUCUUUGCCACCACUCCCCUUUCGGCCAACGUUCCCGAGUUCUCGCCAAACGGCGCUGUAUAUUUAAACGGAACGGCAGAAAACUCUCGGCCUGUUCCCGACGAGUUCUUUAUUGAAGAUUCACAGAGGUUAGUUGUCGUUACAAGGCGUCCUGGACAUACAUCCCCCUUGGGAUCUCCUUCUAUGUCUGGGAUCAAUGGCGUGGGUACCAACGGCUCAACGUCUGCUAUCGUGAAUAGGCCAUCAUUUGGAUUAGACUCUGAAGUUGGGUGGCUCUUGAAAGAGGACAACCAAAGCUUAGAAUCCGAUAGUUACAUUCACAGGUUGUAUCCACAUGCAUUAUUGCAGGCCCAGCAACAGCGCGAAUCUUCCGGAGCCACCAAGAACUCGGAAAUGAUCACUCUCUACAAAUUCUGGUCUCAUUUCCUCUGUGCCAAAUUCAACAACUUGAUGUAUGAGGACUUCCGGCGAUACGCAUUCUCAGAUGCAGACGCUUCUCAACGGUUUGGGUUAGAGUGUAUUUACAAGUUCUACGAGAACGGACUUGUGACUCGCGAGCACUUCCAUGAUAAGUUGAUCCAGGAUCUUGUCGCUUUGGUCAAGAAGGACGUAAAGAACGGUCAGGACCUAGGUCUUGAGAAGCUUAAAUCAUUUUUGUCAAAUCCUCAGCUGAGUGUUGAACGGAAACAGAAGAUUGAAAGCUUCGUGGACUCAGAGCUUCAAUUCGUGCUUCAGAAUGGUGUGGAGUCAAAGGAUGGAUUGGUGGAAUCCUAUGCUGCUUGA